AUGACACCUAUUGAAAAGGUUUACAUGUUAGACAUUGAUAGCAAACUUGAUGUUGACACAAUGACAAAAAUUUGGCAAGAAGGCCACUCUCGUAUUCCAAUCUUUAAAGGAAAUGCCAAUAACAUUGUAGGAAUGUUGUAUGUAAAGGAUUUGAUUUUGAUCAAUCCUGAAGAAGCCUUGCCUAUUUCCCAAGUUCUAACUUUUUAUGGUAGAGAAGUCUUGAAAGUGUUUCCUGACACCUAUUGUGAUGAAAUACUAAAAAUUUUCAAAACUGGUAGAACUCACAUUGCAAUAGUACAUGAAGAAAAUACUGGAGAACAUAACUCUGAGCAACCAUACACAAUACUUGGUAUUGUGACUCUUGAGGACGUAAUUGAAGAAAUCAUUAAGGACGAGAUUGCCGACGAAAAUGAUAUUGACUACAGCAAAGAGAAUGUCAAUAGACCACACCAUAUUUUUAAACUUGAAAUUCCAUCUAAAUUAUCCUCAACCCAAGUCGCUACAAUUGGCUCCUAUUUGAGCAGAAGCUCUACUACAUUCAGAUUACUUCCUGACGAAUAUUUAUUGAGAUUGCUUCACAAAUGUGAAGUGGUAGAACUUAAACAAGCAAGUGAUAACACUACAUCGAUAUUCGAAAAAGGAAAGAUUUGUGAUUUUGCUAUUUUAACACUGCACGGAAAGACGGAGGUUAUGUUUGGUGAUGAUAAAUUUGUCACUGAGAUAAGACCUUGGACUCUCGUUGGUGAACGUGCAUUAACAAAGGAGACGUUUGUUCCUGAUUUUGAUGCUAGAGCAGGAAUACCACCUUCCUCAAAAUCCUCAGAAAAGAUUAUAUUGAUGCCAUUUCUGAGUUUUCGUGGAGGAUGA